UCCUGAAAUGAACACAAAAUAUUAUUUUUUAGCAUUGAAAGCACUGACAAAGUUCACAGCAUGGACAACAAACCUAGUGCAAAGGGGAGUCUAUAGUGCCCCCUUCUUAAGAGGUGUGGGCUGAUGUGCUUUCUUUCUUCUUCUUUUUUGCACAGUAAGUAAUGUAAUAUAUUACAGGAUCUGAGGGAAAUGGUUUUGUUAGAGCAGAAUGUGCUUGUCAGCAGGGGAGGGCAGCAACUAUACAGCCGCUCGCAGGGUCACAUGACCGCUUAUUCUCGUUGCCUCUGAAAAGGUCUUUGCAGAAGUGAAAGAGCUUAGCAGUAUACUGCCAAAAAGUCAUGCAGGCUUAGAAACAUGCCGAGGUGCUGGAAAGAGGGAGAGGCUUAAGUCAGUGCCAGGGAGCUGAGAGAGAGAGACCGACCAAGACCUGAAAGCCUAAAUGAGCCAGAGGAUGGAAGACCAGGUGAGGAUCCCACCUGGGGCGACUGGACUUUACAGAGCAAUGCUAGUCAAAUCAGCAUCUAUGUAUACUGAAAUACAGAGAGAGAGGCCAGAUAUUGGGAAUAUCAUGACUCAUCCAGAUUACAUUGACGGAAGCCCUGAUCUUAUCAAACCUAAAAAGCUGCUCAACCCUGUAAGAGCCUCGAAAAGCCACCAAGAACUUCACAGGGAGCUGCUUAUGAAUCAUAAGAGAGGCCUGGGAGUCGAGAGCAAACCAGAACUUCAGCGAGUCAUGGAGCAUCGGCGGCGGAACCAGCUGAUCAGGCAGAGGAAAGAAGAGGAAGAGGCGAAGAAGUUGAAAUCGCCCUUUGAGCAAGAGCUCCUGAAGAGGCAACAGAAGCUGGAUCAGUUGGAGAGGGCGCAAGAGAAGCAAGAAGAAAACGCGCCGGAAUUUAUUAAAGUAAAAGAAAACCUGCGGAGGACAUCAAAGCUAACUGGGGCGGAGAAGGUCGCCUAGCAGAUGGGAGCAGCUGAGACCAAAACGGGAGAGGAGGACCUUCUCUGCUCGCUUGAAUACCUACACGCUGACAUCUUCUUAUAUGGUGGACAUUCACAGUUACGUCUUUGGGGCUGCUUACUGUUUAUUAACGCUUGCUCCGGUAGAAACUCCCCAACAUGGGCUUUUGCUGUACAUCUAGGAAGGCAUAACAUCAGUGGGGGGGGGGCUGGGAAAGUUUGUGGUGCUCUGCUAGUAGAAGCGCUUGGGUGAGGCGUAAUAAUAAUGGCCUGAGCCUCCCUCUCGAGUAAACAGGCAAUGUUGAUGCCCUAUUCCAUCCCUUGUUAGUUCUGGGCUUAAACCUUGGAGAGGCGACAUGUGCUCAGGAGUACAGAGCGGGCGAUGGUCUGUACGAAGAAUAGGCCGCCAUAUCAAUGCCAGGGCUUCAAGCUGCUCAGAAGCAGAAACUAAUGGUUGUGUAAUAAAUUUCAGGCUCAGUCAAGCUAAUCUUUGGAGUAGCUUGUUGGAAAACCAGAGAAGGGGGUCAAAAAAACCAAAAGAAACGAAAAAGGGAAGAGGCUAUCAGCGCCAGCUAACCGCUAGAGCUCACUCAGAAAAUGCAACCAUGUCAAUAAGCGUGUGAGUUUCUGUACUUCACUUGAAGUUCGCCUCACAAUGUGAAAGGCUCCCAGGUCGAAACCCCCACUUGAAACCUCAGAAAGCUGUGGCUGGCCUGUGUAGACAGUACUGAGCGAUUAGACCAAUGGUCUGACUCACGAUAAGGCAAGCCUCCUAUGUAUUGCACCGCUGAGAUGAUGGGGGGAAGCACGUGGUGUCUUUUUGUUUCUCUGGGGAUAUAUUGGUCCUCUCUUAGAUUCAGUCGUGAAAAAUGGCACUCAAGUUUCUUUCUGCAACUUAACAUGCUACUACGGAAAGAGCAGGCCCGGGUUGUAUCAUGCGGUCGGAUGCAAAAACUUCUCAACCCUCGUGCUCUGACAGGGGGAGCAGGGGUCAUAUUCCAGAAGGGGCCUUUAGGAGCUGUGUGGAAGGAAUAAGAAACUAUGUGUUGCUUUUAGAAUAUGGAAGAAGAAAAUGGCGGUCUCAGAGAGACGGGGAAGUGGUGGGGCACCACGUCUGAAGGCUAUGCAGAGAUCUUUAUUGGGCAGUGUUUUAACAGCUCCUGGGGAUCUUGUACUAUUCGAGUCAGAAUUCAGCCUAUACAGAGGUACCGGAAACUGUGCUUCCCAAAAUGUCUGUUAUUUUCCCUCGAAAGUGCAUAUUGUUAUUAUUAUUAUUGCCCCAAAGAAAUUCAUUCUGUACCCUACUUAGGUAUACUGUGCUAUAUAAACAUAGUGAUAUCUGUGUAUCUGCUGCAUGUAUAUUAUUGCACAUGCUCAUAUUAACAACUUAACUGCCACCAUUGCUUUCUUGGGGAGAGAACAUUUUAUCAAGAACAAACACAGAACAAAACCUGAAUUGAUGAGUAAUUGUAUAUUUUGCUAGAUAUUCUAUGAAUGAAACAGCCAGCAGCCAAAAUAAACUGAUUUCGUUUUUCUAAGGAA